AUGGAGGAGGAGAGAGCGGCUUGGAUCCUUGCUUCUAUGAAGAAUCCGAAUUGUCUUCGUGAAUUGAGGAAAACAGAGAACCUACCAGCAAGAGCAGAGGAUCUCCAAUUAAUUCCGGGGCUCCGCGGAGUCAUCGGACAGUGCUCUCAACGCUAUGAGAAGGAGUUGACAGCCACUGAUACGAAACCCGAACAGAGCAGGAUUUUCAUUGGGAAAGAAUUUGUCAAGACCUCUCUCUUGCCGUUGCUGAAUAAAGACGAACACCUUGAAGACAUUGGAAUUCCGGUCACCGUUUACGAUCUGAAGGGUGUGGGAUACAAAAUGAAGUUCAAGUUGUGGUCGUCAAAGUACUAUGUUCUUACAGAAGGCUGGGGGGCGUUCUGCCGUGAUCAUCCUGUGAAGCCGAAAGAUGUCGUCAAGCUGUGGAUGUUCCGCCAUCGUGAAAAGGGUGAGAUUUGCUUUGUCAUCUUUUUUGAGAAGAUGAAAAAGUAA